AUGCGUAUUCGCCCCCCCGGUUUUGUUGUUGAAGUCAACCAGCUGAGGAUACAGAACUCUGUAGCCGUGAGCGGCGCGCUACAGCCUUUGAUUAGAGUACUUCGCAACGUGAAAGGAAAACUGACGCUUAUUCGUUAUCGCCUAACUGGUACUGAAAACACGUGGAGCAAACAAUCGCUUCAUGCACAACUGAACCAGAAUGUGAUUAAUUACUACUCCGAGGCGCUGCGGCUGGCUAGGCCAAAGAUCCAGGUCCCCGAUCACGUAGGUUGCUCGCCAGUGCAGUCAACGCUGCUUAGGACUGCGGACGGAUUAUUGGUCAAUCACAAGGAUGGACCACAUGUUCCCUAUACUCAUGGUCAAAUGGUUCACACGUAUCUAAAGAAUGUACUCCAGAACAAAAUCGGUUUCAUGGAUGGGGAAAGAAAUCGUGGAAUAUUGGACUAUGGAGUGGAACUUAUUCAAGUCACAGGUGAAUCGGUCCGAAAGGACCCGCCGUUUGUGAUAUACGAACCGUUUCGUCAAGGAAAGCACCUGAAGGGAAACGACCGAUGGACCGGAUUUGCUAUGGAAUUACUCAAACAUCUUAGUGUAAUGAACCACUUCGAUUACGUGGUCAAACCUGUCGAGGAUCGUAAAUUCGGCACUUUUGAUGAAACCACUGGCAAAUGGGACGGCUUAAUCGGAGAGUUGGUAUACAAAGUUUGGAUCUCAGUACUGGUCGCUUACCUGGUAGUCAGCCUGACUUUGUUUCUUCUUGGUCGAGUGACACCACACGAGUGGUAUGCGCGACAUCCUUGCAGUCCAGCAGUGGAGAACCAGUUCACUUUGUUCAACAGCUUCUGGUUCACCGUGGGCUCACUCAUGCAGCAAGGCUGCGACAUUUCUCCACGAGCCACCUCCACUCGAAUUAUUGGCACUAUCUGGUGGUUCUUCAUCCUGAUUAUGGUAUCAUCUUAUACAGCCAAUUUGGCUGCAUUUCUCACCAUCGAUCGAAUGGAGACGGAGAUCGAGAAUGUGGAAGAUUUAACGAGACAGACCAAGAUUAAAUACGGGACUCUGUACGGAGGAUCAACGUAUGCGUUUUUCAAGGUGGGUCUUAUGCUGCACGUAGCUAUUUGA